AUGCUCCCUCACCUGUUGGACCCCCCCACCUUGGAAAACCGGCUCUGGUAUGACAACCUGGGGUGCUGCCAUCAAUACCAAGAAAGUACCCAGAAUGCGGAGGACUUCCUACUCCUGCUGCUGGGCCUUGUCGUUCUUGUCAGCAUUGGGAUCAGCAUGGCAACUAUGGUAUGGCAUGGGCUCCAGAACGCCUUAGACAAGACCAUCUAUUGGAUUAAUCAGAAAAAUGACAUCUCGCAGGCUUGUGAAAGUUCCCCCAAACAUCCUCCAGCCAAGGCCCAAGACGUCCACAUCCACUGCACCCUGGACCCUGUGGAAGUGAAGAUGGCCCGGCCCGCUUGCUACCCCCCCUCCUACCAUCAUCUCGGCAACCGUAGCCGCAGCUGCAACCGCCGCCCCGGCAGCCACCAGCGGAGGCCGAAGAACCGCAGACAAUUCCCCUACAGCUGCUCAGGCUGCCGUAGGCCGCAUCGCAGCCACGGGAUGUCACAGCUGCGGCCGAUGCCCUCCUCUGAUCGGGAGGACCCGGACUCCUACCUGGAGGAGGAGGAUGAUCUUUCCUUCCCACAACCCAAGUACCCGUGGGGGUGCUGGGGAGGGCUCUACCAGCAGAUGGGCCUGCCCUCCAACGUGGGCCUCUGGGGCCGCCAGGGUGGGAUACUGGCCAGCCUGCCACCACCCUGUCUCUACCUGUCGCCCGAGCUGCGCCGCAUGGCCAAGCGUGUGGAGGCCAAGUCCGAGCUAAGGCUGCAGUCCUUCGGGGCCCCCUGCUCACCAACCCGCAUCUGGGGCAACGUGGAGGCUGACCAGUGGACCUCGUCUCCACCACCUCCCCGACGGCUGCCCCCUAACCCCUCGUGGGUCCCUGGGGGACACAGCACUUACCCCUCAAGGGGCCAGCUCCCGUAUGACUCCUGGGAUCAGCGGCGGAGUGGUCUGGAGGGCUCUGAGCCUCCAUCCGCUCUGGUGCCUCGGGGCUGCCGGCCCGAAGCCUGGCAGCGCAACUCCCCUGGCCACGGACGGAGCCUCCCCAGCUGUGCUCACAGCCAACCCAACCGCAGCCCGCACCCCUCCACGGGACACUUGAAGUACUCCCGGGAUCCCCACGAGGUGCGGCGCCGGGCGGCCGAAUGGGCCGAGAUGCUGCCCGUGCGGUGCCCUCUGGCCACCUCCGCCUCCCUCACGGUGCUGGCCGAGGCCUCGUACCAGCGGGCCCCGGCUCCCAGCUCAGCGCUGCUCCUCCGCCCCUCCCAGCCCCUGCCCGACGUCCAGGCUACCGAGCACCCACCACCCCCGCCCACCUUCAUGCCACUCAGGCGGAACCCGGGGGGCAAUGCCAACUACCAGGUGUAUGACAGCCUGGAGCGGAAGCGGCAACCGCAGGAGAGCCAAGCACGGGCCAACUCGCUGCUACCUUCCACCUCGGCCUCGAGGCCCUCUCUGCAUGGGAGCCAGACUGGAAAAAUGAACUGA